UGGUGGGGAUAAGGCGAAUAGGCCUACCACGAAUGUUUUGCGCUAUUGUUCGAUGAUGUCGCGUAAAACAAUAUAUUUUGAGUGAAUCUCGUGAUGCGGGUGUCAAUUUCAAUGAUAAUGUUCUUCGUGUCGAUCGGUAUGGAGUACCCGCUGCGUGAAAAACACAGAUUGCGGUAAUAUUGGAUAGAAAUCUCUGAAUAAGGCCCACGGAAUCCUUUGUCAUGGACAUGCAGGCCCCCAAUGGAAUGGAUGUUUCUCUGAAUUUAGUGUACGCUUCCAUCCCUGGUAUGCCCGAACUGGGGAUGGUAUGGAUGGGAGAUAUGAUGAUGCACGGGGAGCCCACACACGAAUUAAUGCUGGAUCCUCGUCAGCCGGAAAGCCCCUUUUUCUCCCAUGGGUCGCAUUCUUUUGAAGAUCUCCGUAGCCAUCACAUAGCUCCCCCUACUAUGGUGCGAUAUUUAGCCCCGCAGUUUGCUGCUGAAUGCUCAGAACCUGACGAAGCGAUAGAAGCUGUAGAUAGUCAAGAAAUACAGCACGAAUAUGACCCCCAAGUGGGACCAGAAAUGAGCGACUACAUGACUCUGGAGGAUUAUAUGGCUGAGGAGGAUCGCGAACAAGUGGUCAAUAAUGCAGCUACACAGACCCAAGAUAACAGAAAUCGUAAAAUAAAGCCUAUCAAACAUCCAGGUCUUGUCUUGAAAACCCCAAUUGCUUAUCAGCCACACACUGAUUUAAACUUUAUACCAAUUCGCAAGGAUGGCAUUGCUGUGUGCGAAAAAUGUGGUGCCAUUGGUGUUAAGCACGCAUUCUACACCAAGGAGCGUCGAUUUUGUAGCAGAGCAUGUGCUCGAUCAUCGGAGCACACUGCUCCCACAGCUGAUUCUACUUAUAGUCCGUCACAUCCACAACAAUGCACUCCCAGCAACCCAGGAUCACCGGAAGAUAGCAAAUCUUCUGUGAAUGAGAUCACAGCAGAUGAAGAGGACAAAGACUCAAAGGAUUUUAUAAAAGUUGAGGCAGAGAAGGAAAAAGUCGCCUCAGAGCCCGUAAUGCCAGAAGAUCUCCCAGUAAGAAGAAAACGUACAGCCGAUAUGGCAGGUUCUUAUGAUUGGACUCAACAACUCACGGAACCUGGAUUUUGUGCUGCUCCCGUCUCGUGUUUCAAGCACGCACCUAUCUCCGAAAUAUGGGACAACAUAACUGUAGGAAUGAAAGUUGAAGUGGAGAACACAGACUGUGAUGAAGUUUGCGAAGCAUUUCCCGAUUCAUUUUGGGUUGCCACUGUGCUUCGAAUUUCUGGGUACAGAGCUCUGCUUAGGUACGAGGGAUUCGGUCACAAUGCUGAAAAGGAUUUCUGGGUCACACUUUGUUCGAAUGAUAUUCAUCCAGUUGGUUGGUGUGCGACCAUUGGCAAGCCCUUGAUACCACCAAAUAGUAUUGCGAACAAGUACAAAGAUUGGAAGGAUUUUUUAAUGCGGCGAUUGACCGGGGCUAGAACGCUUCCGACAAAUUUCUAUAACAAGGUCAACGAUAGCAUGAAGUCACGGUUUCGCUGCGGUCUUCAUUUAGAAGUAGUGGACAAAAAUAGAAUCUCACAGGUGAAAGUUGCGACGGUACAGAAAAUCAUAGGAAAACGUUUACAUGUCAGAUAUUACGACUCCUCUCCAGAGGAUAAUGGAUUUUGGUGCCAUGAAGACUCACCUUUAAUUCAUCCUGUUGGAUGGGCCAAAAGAGUAGGGCAAACCCUGGACGCAUAUCCAGAGUAUUUGGACCGAGUGUCUUUGGGGCAGUUAUGUGAUGACGAUGCAACUGAUAACUUGUUCCUUGCACAAAAGAAUCAUCAUUCUCAUCAAGGCUACACGUUCCGUGAGGGAAUGAAGAUCGAAGCUAUCGAUCCUCUCAAUCUCUCCGCCAUUUGCGCAGCUACCGUAAUGCAAGUAUUAAAAGAGGACUACAUCAUGAUCAGAAUUGACAGUUACGACGAAGAUGCUAGCGGUGCCGAUUGGUUCUGCUACCAUUCAUGUUCGCCGUGUAUUUUUCCAAUUGGUUUUUGUUCACAACAUGGAUUACCGCUAACACCGCCAAAAGGAUACGAUCCCGCAACAUUCACUUGGGAUUCAUACUUGGCAGAAACCAACAACAUACCGGCACCUUUACAACUUUUUAAUAGGGAAAUUCCACAGCACGGAUUUAUCGAAGGAUUGCGGUUAGAAGCUGCUGACUUGAUGGAUCCUCGAUUGGUUUGCGUAGCGACUAUCACAAGGGUAAUUGGCAGACUACUGAGAGUGCACUUCGAUGGAUGGGAGGACGAGUACGAUCAAUGGCUGGAUUGUCACAGCCCGGAUAUCUACCCCGUUGGGUGGUGUGACCUUGUAGAUCAUAAGCUAAAAGGGCCCCGUAUACUUGGCAAAAAUACUAGUCCUACUGUAAAAUCACCGAGAGGCCUUAAACGUAAGAAUAAACGAAAACCGAAAAAGAGCGGCAAGUUGGCUUGUGCCAAAAAUAUUUUACUGCGGCACAGUAGCCGCAUGGAAAACCGUGAUCGAGAGAGGGAGCCACAACCGGCACAGGGUACGAAAAUCGAGAGGGAAAGAGAGCUAGAGAGUUUACCAGAGCAGGGAGGUAGAGAACCGGAAACAGCUCAAGAACCUGCUGGACCUGAUCAGACGCUGCCUAGUCCUACAACCGGCCAAGGACAUGCAGAAAAUGAAACCCGCAGCGAUGCCCCAAACUUGAUACCACCCAAGGAACGAACCGCAACGUCUUAUAUCAAUGUGACUUCAGCUAGUAAUAAAUUCAUUCCAAGGUUAGCAGAUUGUUUGCAAAAAAGUUCGGAAUCUGGUGAACUAGUACCAGCUGAAUGGAAUGUUUUUGACGUCGCACAGUUCCUUCGUGUCAAUGAUUGUGCUACUUACUGUGACAAUUUUAGUAAGCGAAAAAUAGAUGGCAAGACCUUGCUCACCCUAACCAAGGAUCAAAUUAUUGACCUAACUGGUUUUAAAGUUGGACCGUCUUUGAAGAUUUUUGACCUUAUUCAACAAUUAAAAAUCAAAGUGAACCCAGCUCAGGAACGGCUGAAACUAGGACUGAAAAAAUUAUUAUAACACAGCUAGAUUAAUAGCUCACUUUUGUUAAGAUCAAUAAUGUAGGGUAAUCAUGGAUUUACGAAAUAGGUGUAUGAUGAAACAUUUUAUUCCUUAUAUUAGGUAACAAAAUGCAAUUGAAAUAUAUAAUAAUUUCUAACUUUGAUCCACACCGAAAUCAUGGUUAAGCAGUAAAAUAUCAGAUACUAAUUUAUUUUCGAUCGUAAAUAUAAAUUUUCACAAAUAUCUACAUUACUUUCAUUCUGGCAGAGUACAUUGAAUUAGAGGGUAAAAUUUCAUAUGUUACACGAUCAAUUUUCGAGAUGAACAGACGCGGCAGAGAUGUUCUUUCGAGUGAAGAAAAAUAUUACCAACCACCGAUAUCCUCCGACUUUGUUAUUUCGAAGAACGAUGCCAAAUCAAGAAAUAUAAAUCCUUACAUCCGAAGCAGUUGGCAAGCUAAAAAUCCCUCAUUUAUGUGAAAAAUUUUAUUAGUUGGUCUUGAAAGAAAAAAAAACCGUAUACUUUAAACUGAUUCAGUAAGUUCAUGGGCAACACCGCCUUAUGGGUUUUUUAAAUCUGAGUUGAAUUCUGUUGUUUGUGAUAAAUAUUUCGUCAGGUCAAUUUUUUCUCGGCAAUUAUUACGUGUGAUAUGUGAGGCAAUUUUUUGUGAUAUAAUGAACCUAGAUGACAAGUUUACAUAAAACGUGUGAAUGAUUGAUACUGAUUUGAAUUCGGAAGAGAUUGGUCUCUGCUGGAAUGAAGUUUAUGUUCGUCAUGAUUUGUGUAAAAAAAAAUUGGAUGUAAAACAGCCGUAGAUUUCAAAUAUGUUUUUUUUUUUUGGUUUGUGUUAUUAUAUAAACCUGUAAUACAUUCCUGUGUAAAUGCAUAUCGUUUAUCUUCAAAUUUAUAGUGAUUUUCGCCAGGACGUGUAAAUCCAUCUUUUAGAGCACUUAAUAUCAGGAGGACGCAUUGGCCAUGUCGCUGUGUCUCUUGAACUGGUGAUAAGUUGCUGUGAAAACGUAGUGUCUGAAACGAUAGGCGGUGACCAAUUGCCCGUACAAAUAUUUACAAUCGGGCAACAAUGAGAUGAAAAACGAGAAAAAUGGUUUUUCGGUUACCCAAGAAACUAAGAAUUAUCAUUUAAUGACGUAUGCAUUUGCCUGGCAAUCUAAAGCAGUGAUAUAGUUGAGUGAUCGAAACAGAAAAAAAACCUCACCAGUCGAUUUGAAUAUGAAUCUAAAUCUAGCUUUCCCCUUGCAUCUACAAAUGGUAAUGUAACAACAACGCGGAUUAGCUGUGCUAUUCCCAUUGUUUAUUCACCAACAAUCAUUUCGCUACAUCGCCUUAAGAAAUUCGGAAAGAAACAAACCACAAACAACAGAGAAUAAGUUCAAAUGAGUGUUGGUAAAUUAUUUGUGGAACGCUAUUUGUGGAUGCAAAAUAUUAGUAUUGUUCACCCAGUGAACUUAAAUGCGCAAGUUCGUGAUUUUAUUUGCUCGUGACAAAUAAUUUGAUAAUACUUCAGCCUUCGGACUGGCGACUAAAUAGGGUGUUUUGGGGUAGAAUCUUGCGAUAGUACAUCUUCACAACUCCUUUCCCCCGGAAACCGAAUUUAUAUUCCAUGGUCCGGUACUGGCUGGGAAUUUAUUUGGUAAUUGAUUAUCUUCUCGGGGUUGUAUCGAGUGGGUAAUUGAUGUGCCAUUCCAAAGUUUCGAAAGCAUUCUAAUGAAUAUUCAUUGUUAAUAUUUCAAAAAACAAAGUUCGAAACAUGCAAUGGUAUAUAAAAAUUAGUAUAAUCCAUUCCGCUUGGGUUUUGGUCAACCAAUCACCACAUGGCUAUCGAGUAAACUCGAAUGAAGUAUUAUUGGAUUUACUAAAAUAUUGCAAAUCGAUCAAAAAAUUUGGUCUAGUGGGUCACCCAGAAACUGCAGUGUACAUGAUAUAUAUUAGGGUAUUAAAUAGCGUUAAUUAAGUCGUAUUUCAUUUACCUGACACUGAUGACUUUUCUAAUUUGGAUUGUCCUUUUUCUUUCGUUUUGCGCUCUAUUUCAUUUCUUAAUUUUAUUUUUUUGUCUAAAUACAAAUAUAAGAUUCAGUAUUCAUCGACAUCACCUACACGAGAUACGAAUGAAAAUCUGAAGUUCCCUAUUUUUAUCUUUAAGUUUGUCUCUCGUCGGUAUUUUUCCUUUUAUGUAACAUAACUGGGAAAGAAAUUGAUCAAUAAUGAAUGUUUUACACUUGUAUUAUAAAGAAAUUUGCAAAUAAUUGAUAAA